CGCCCCGCUUUUAUCCUUCUUCAUGCAGUAUAAAACCCCAUCUCAAUCAGUAAAGACACAUUAAAUCUUCCCCUGUACUCUCUAAAUCCCUCCCAAGUCCCAAUAGCCAAACCGAACUUAUUGAAAAUCUCUUCCCCUGCUGAAACCAUGGCUCCCAAUUCCUCCUCUUCUUCUAAAUUCAAGCAAAGUUCGUGGAACUUUGGGGUUCUGUUCAUAAUCUUGCUUCUUGCUUCUCCAAGUUGUGCUACAAGACCAGGCGUAACGAUGAACUUGGGCGAUGAAGUCUUCAUCAAUCUCGAGAGCAUAGGGGCGCAUAAAACAGAGCAGAAGACGAGCUUUGAAUAUAGAGGGCACUUCUUCAACUUCUUCCCCAAGGGGGACCCUAUUCCCCCUUCUGGUCCUUCCAAAAGGCACAACGAAGAGUCUGAUUCAGUACCUCCAAAUUGAGGACCAAAUCCUCUCUCUUCGUAGCUUCCUCAAUUCUUUCCUCUUUUUUUUUUUGGUGUGUUUUUAGUGAUCGAAUGAUUACAAGAAGAAACUGAUCAUGUUUUUCUUUUCUUUGGGAUUGAGACUCUUAGUUAUAAUGUAUAUAAAUUAGAAAGAUUUCUUUUACAUUUAGUUUUCAUUUCAAUAAGAUCAGAAAGUUAUAUACCCCAGAAUUAUAGGUGAUUAAGCUUUUGUUGAUGUUAUUAUUACCAACUUAUGUAUAUACAUUACUGUAAUAGGAAAUUGCAUAUUUGUGAAUCAAAUUGUGAUGAUCUU